AUGUCUCCUGCUGUUAACAUGCUGACUGUAGUGCUGCUCCUGAUGCUCGGGGCGUCUGACUUGCAGGUACACGGGACAUUCAUCAACAGGGAUAAGACUUUGCUGAGCAGCGACUAUGGAAGACACAGUGUGAGGAAACAGCAACAGACAAAAAGUGACAUUCGCAAAAGUUUGGAUCUGGAGAGCUACAAAGUGCACGUGAACCCGACCACCAGCAGAAUCAGCCUCCCGACCAUCAUCAAGCUCCACCCCCCCACGGCCAUACCUUUCCACCUGCACGCCAACAUGCCCAUGCGUUUCGGCAGGGAGAAUUUGCCUGGUGAUGAAAUUACCAACCUGCCCCAGAGGUUUGGGCGCUCCUGGGACCUGUGUGCCGAGUGCCGUGAGGUCCGAGAAGCACAGCUGCCCCAGAGGUUUGGGCGUUCCUGGGACCUGUGUGCCGAGUGCCGUGAGGUCCGAGAAGCACAGCUGCCCCAGAGGUUUGGGAGAGGCAGUCCCUUCUGGGGCCUUCUGAGGACAAUGACCAAAGCACAGAUAUUUAACGGCUUGCAAUGGGCUGAAGUGUUUGACUUUACAACCAGCUCAGAAGAGUUGGAAAUGCAAGGAAAGACCUUUAAAGGGAUGAAAGGGGGUUUGACAAGCCAACACCAGGGUCUAUAUAACUUGUAAAUAUCAC